GUGUUUCCGGGUGUUCUCAACCAGUUUUGGAUGCUGCAGAACAACGAGUCAAAGGCGAAAAUACAUAUAAUUCCAUCUAUAACAGACAGCGUAAAGUAUAACUUGAGUUUUACAAUUUGACAGAUGAUCGACUAAUUCCGUGCAUAAGUUGUACAUAUUUCGGUUCAAAGGACAACCACUGUCAAAUUACUGGCUCCAUCUCCGUACCCAGCCUCCAGCCUAGCGAGAGAUGACUGAGCCACGCAGCCAAGUCUCAGCCUCCAUCCCCCAGCCUCCCCCCGUGGUCGUGGCCCCUCCCUCCACGGACGGCGCGGCCGUAGAGAUGGACCCCGUCGAAUACACCCUCCGCAAACGCCUCCCCAGGAAGCUUCCUAAGCGCCGCAACGACGUCUACGUCAACAUGAAGACGGACUUCCGAGCUCAGCUGGCGCGCUGCCAGAAGCUUCUGGAAGGCGGAGGCCACCGGGAGAUCUGCGUCCACGGCCUGGGCCUGGCCAUCAACCGGGCCAUCAACAUUGCCCUGCAGCUCCAAGCUAGCAGCCAGGGGGCGCUACAGCUAGCAGCCAACACCUCGACUGUGGAGCUGGUGGACGACCUGGAGCCGGAGGACCCAGAUGAGGCUGGGGAGCCCAUGACUCGCACGCGCAACAACUCGGCCAUACACAUCAAAGUGUUUUACCCUGACCCACAGUGACCAGGCAGAGACACACCAUCCAAGCAGAACGUGAUGGCUUCUGGGAAGAGGACUGGCUCUUUAUACACACAGAGGGAGUUGGAUCCCAUGUGGAUGUUGUAGAUGGAUUGAUUAUUUGUGUUGUGGAAAAAAGAUUUCCUUGUUUUCUCGGUUUCAUCGUCUGUAUUUGUAAACUGUGUGUGCUGUGUUGACUGUAAUUAGAGUUUUUGUCGUAGCUGACUAAGAUCACGGCUGUUGGCUAAUAAUGUUAUGCAUGCAGUUAAAUCCUGCAGACUUGUGCCAGAUAAGCACAUAUCAUAGUUUAAGACUGUAUUUGCGUUUCAUUCUAAUUUGAUAAAUGUCCUAUUGGGGUUUGGUCAACCUUUGUACUGUACCUGACUGUGAUGUUGUUUAUUUAUAAGCGCCAAAUUAAAUGUUGUUGUCAGAAAUCAAA